CUUUUUAUCAAAGAGUCACAACAACAACUGUGAAAUUGCGGCUGCAAUCGUGUGCCCUCUGCUGCUACCAAGGCCCGUGUUCUCCUUGCAUGGGCUAGACUUUUGAAGAUACUUUCGCAAAAGCUUGCGGUUUUUGUGCAUAAUUGUAUCCCUGUCUUUUGCUAAUCAUAUUGAGCUCCAGGAUGAAUGGGUUCAGUACAGGUGAGGAGGACUCUCGAGGUGCCCCAGACCAAGUUUGCUGUUUGGUCGAUGAAAACGAACGUUGUCAACGCCCUGCUGGAAAUGCCUCUUACAGCAAACGCAUUCAGAAGACUGUGGCACAAAGACGGCUCAGGUUACAUCUUGAUUCUAUGGCCCGACACAUUUACAUUUGUGAUCACCACAAGAAUAUGAUUCAGUGUGCAAGAACCAAAAGGCGGAGAAAGGAUUCUGAAGAUGAUUCCAAUGAAACAGACACAGAUUUUCCAGAGGUUGAUUUAUUCCAGCUCCAAGUCAACACUCUGCGCCGCUACAAAAAACACUACAAAGUAGCUACAAGGCCUGGUCUCAACAAAGCCCAACUUGCUGAUGUAUUAAUGAAACACUUCAAGACAAUACCAGUGAUAGAAAAGGAGGCUUUGACUUUUUUCAUCUAUACCGUAAAAUCAAAUAGCAAUAAACUUGAACAGAGAAAUGGUGACUCUAUCUAGAACAGUUAACAAUAUCUUUCUGUCUUAGGUAGGUUUUAAAGAUUUUAUUAUAUCUUAAUUUAUAUGUAUCAAAGUAUUUUGUUUUCUUUUAAGAGAAAUUUUAUCCUUUUAAAAGAAAGGAUGCCAUAAAGACACUAUGAACUGUACUGUAAUUUGGGUUACAACUUUCGUCUUGUGUUAGAUUUUAAUUUAGAGGAAAAUAUACCAUGUAAUAUUUUGUUAAACCUCUGAAUAUUCCAAUUUAGCACCUUUCAUUUACAGUAGCCCACCUUGAUGUUUCUGUGCAAUCUGUUUCAAGGUUUGCUUUGUUCUUAGUUACACUUUUUUUUUUUUCAUUUUAUUUAGUUCCUGUGAUCGUACCUAUGUCUAAUCAGAAAGAUGUUCACAAUUUUGAACAACUGGGAUAUUUCACCUGCCCUCUUUUCAAGGUAGAUUAAUUCUUGUAUUGGCAGAAAUUUUGAAUGAAAACUUUGUGCACCCUAAAACAAACUGCUUUCCAUUCUAAAAAGUUAAACUUUUUAAAAUCUUUGUGAAGAUUUAAGCUUUUGUUUGGAAAACAUGUAAAAAAGAUUCUGUUAGGUGUAAAGCUGUUAUGGCAACUUUAUUUUAUUUUUCUUGCUAGAGAUAUGGUAAUGUACUGUUUGCAUUGUUCAUUUCAUGUUAUUUUGCACUCAGCCAAUGUAGCUCUCAGCUGUUACCUUAUACCUCUGUAGCCCAAUGAAAGUUAAAACGAAGUAGUUUUCCAUGCACAAUGGCAUACUUGUUUCCUUUAUAUUAAAGAAUGAGAAAGGUGUCAUUGUACAGUAUGCUAUGCAUAUGGUCAUAUUAUCUAUGGCAACAUUGAAGCAGGUUCAUGGAUGUAAUGCUUACAAUCAUUAUCAUUCCAGUUUUGUCCAGUUUGUACACUCCUUAUUUUAGAGGAUUUCCUUUGAGCUCUGAUGCUAAGCAUUAAUGCAUUUCCCAUUAUUUAAAUGCAACCUGUGAUUCUACUAAUUUUUCAAAACUUCAAUUGGGGGUGAAUCAUUUGUCUGAACCCUGUAAAGCUACCUACAUGUGUGGAGUAAAUUUACUUAUACUAAACAAAGAUGAUCUUAUCAGUUGUAUGAAUUAUGUUUGAAUUUUUAUUUGUGAACUAUUUAUUCUGUUUGUGUAGAACUUCUGUUUCGUGUGAGAUUACUACCUCUGAUCAAAUGCAUAUGUGGUGUUUUGUUUUCUGCUUUUUGUUGAUUUGUUUUUUUUUCUAAUGGUUUUAUUCACUGGAUGUAUUCUCUCUGUGAUUUGAAACUACUUGUAGACUUUUACUGGAGACAUUGGAUGAAUAUGACAGUCUUUGGAACUGCUGUUUUCUGUUCUGAAGUGCAGUCCACUGAUGUGUUAAUUUGUGUUUCUUUCUGGCUACACAGAAUGUUUGUCUUAUACAACUUGUUGUUUAUCAACUUUUGAAGUUACCAACCAUUACUUAUGUCAGUUUGUAUCUUUGCGACUAUGUACUGUAGGUAAUUAUACUGUAGCCAGAAAUUGGUUAAAAUAUUAUGUGUCCCACAGGGCAGUUGUUGCUAUGAAAUCUCUAUGAAUAAACUUGACUUCAUAAUA